UGUUUAUGUUUUCCUAACCCGUCUUAUUACAAUUGGUUAAGAAUGUUACAAAUACAAUACUAACUUAGUAUAUUAUUUUAUGCUUGAUUUCAAAUGUUCAAAUGUAUAAGAUUUCUAGGCUGUUUGAUUGGGGCAGAUCUUGACAUAAUUUGGGUUAGAAACUGUUAUGUUGGAUUAUAUAUGUUUAUGACCUGUUCAGUUCAUCUGUUGAAUACGUAUAAUUUAGUCCGGAAAUAUGUUAUUUGACCGAGAGAUUCAAACUCGUUCAGUGGAAAAAUGAAACUUACAUCCAACAUUUUUUCCACCGUUUUGACACCUUUACUUCAUAUACCUUCAGGUGAUGGCGAGCAAGACCAAAAUAUUCAUUGUUCUGGAAUUUGUUACCGGUGGAGAGCUUUUUGAUAAAAUUGUAAAUCAUGGACGGAUGAGGGAGGAUGAGGCAAGGAAAUAUUUCCAGCAACUUAUAAAUGCGGUUGAUUAUUGCCAUAGCAGGGGAGUCUACCACAGAGAUUUGAAGCCAGAGAAUUUACUAUUGGAUGCUUCUGGGAAUCUCAAGGUUUCUGAUUUUGGAUUGAGUGCACUGUCCCAGCAAAUCAGGGAUGACGGCUUACUUCACACCACCUGUGGAACUCCAAACUAUGUUGCUCCUGAGGUUUUAGAUGAUCAAGGUUACGAUGGGUCGGCUGCGGACUUGUGGUCCUGUGGAGUCAUACUCUUUGUAUUGCUUGCAGGAUACUUGCCUUUUGAUGAUCCUAAUCUUAUGAACCUAUAUAAAAAAAUAUCCUGCGCUGAAUUUACUUGCCCCCCGUGGAUCUCCUUCAGUGCCAUGAAGUUAAUUACUCGAAUUUUGGACCCAAACCCCGUUACUCGAAUUACCAUUCCCGAGAUAUUGGAAGAUGAGUGGUUUAAAAAAGACUAUAAACCUCCCGUUUUUUAUGAGAAAGAAGAUACAAACCUGGAUGAUGUGGAGGCUGUUUUUAAGGAUUGUAAAGAGCAUCAUGUUACGGAGAAAAAGGAAGAGCAGCCAACUGCCAUGAAUGCAUUUGAGUUAAUUUCUAUGUCAAAAGGGCUCGAUCUUGGAAAUCUCUUUGAUGAAAAGGGAUUCAAGAGGGAAACGAGGUUCACUUCUAAAUGCCCAGCAAAUGAGAUAAUCACUAAGAUCGAAGAAGCUGCAAAGCCCCUUGGUUUUGAUGUUCGGAAGAAGAACUACAAGAUGCGGCUGGAAAACAGUAAAGCAGGAAGAAAAGGAAAUCUUAAUGUUUCAACUGAGGUAUUCCAAGUUGCCCCCUCUCUUCACCUGGUCGAGGUGCGAAAGGCUAAAGGAGACACGUUGGAAUUCCACAAGUUUUACAAGAACCUUUCUACUUGCCUUGAAGAUGUAGUUUGGAGAACUGAAGAAGAUAUGCAAGAAACAACAUAGAAUUUGCCAACCAUGAUUGCUACCCAUUUGUUUUCAGGCCUUGGUCUUCAUUCUCUUAUGUUCUAUUUUUUUUUUUUUGUUUUUGGGUCUUUUAUGGGACCUUUUUCUCCCAUGAGAGAAUUAGGAAAUUCACUUUGUUGUUCCUUUAUUAUAGGCAGUGGAAAGCAGAGAUGGCUCCUAUAGUCCUCCUGUUGAAGUGGUUGAUGUGAAUUUUGUAUACUGUGUAUGCUUGUUAAUGUGAUUCAGUGAUUGCAAAUUGCAAUUCUAUACAUGUGAUGUUAAGGCCA